GAGGAGCUUAAACGCAGAAGGUGUUAGCUUAAUGCUAACGGUUGUGAAGUAAACAAAGUUUGUUUUCAAUAAUAAAAUAUAAGACGAUGGCGUCUAUCUCACACGACGAGCUUCGACUUAGCAAGAAACAUGAAGAAAUUUUGGGAAAGAGAGUUGUUUUACUGCAACAGAUGGAGAUUUGUUAUGAGCAGCAAAAAGCCAAGAAAAAGCAUCACGCCACUAUGUCUGAAGCUGCACGUGAAAGGAAUGCAGAAAUACUGGAGGAUUUCCAGAAAGCAGAAGAACGUCUUCGGACACGUCCGCUCCUUCAUCCUGAUGUUCUCAGUCUCCAGACCCGUUAUUGGGCCUCAGUGGAUCGUAAGCUUCCAGAAUGGGAAAGCUACUUGCUCGGUAAGAGUCAAGCCCCGAUGAGUGAAGAGAAUAUCCUAAAAGGACUCCGGGAAAAGGAAGUUACUGGAAAUGACUCUUCACCUUUACAGAGUAAGGGCAGACCUCCUCGACCCAAAGCCAGGUCUGCUGACUGAUUUGAAUUAGCAGAAGUAAUUGCUCUCUUUUGUCCCGUUGAAGGCCGAUUCGAGGUCGCCACUUGCCAUAUGUUCACAAUCGGAAUGAGUUGCCCAUUCUAUGGCAUGAGAUUAGGUGUGUUGGGUUGCUUUGAUAGUUAAAACUUUUGAUGCUGUGUUUAGUAAGGUACUGAAUUAAUUUGUGUUCAGACAGAUUGUGAUGAUUUUCUUGUAGCAAACUGAGUAUACUACACUUUCUAAAUGGCUCCUUCUUUACUCAUUUCUGUCUUUCUAUUGCUACAACAUUCUCUGUCUCAUUCCACUCUGUACUGAGUGACAUGGCAGUCCCAGGAUCGAGCCCUAAUUGCGAUGAUCAAACCUGCGCCGGGUGACGCAGAGUGGCGGCUUGACAAAUGCAAUCAUCCGGAUGGCCGGGGUUGAAGUGGAGCUGCUUGGCAGCUGCCCAUGUUCCUCAGCUGGGACUUGCUCUUACGCCGGAGGUCAGGGCACCAGUCGCCCUGAUGAGUGGGUAGGGAACGAGCGUCUGGGGUGCCAAGGUGGGGGUAGUUAUCAAGAUGUUGAAUUAUCUAAAAGGAUUUUGAAGAGCACGAUCUGGAGCCUUUCCAAAUGACUAGUUAUGAGUUGUGGAUAAUCAUGAAGGAAGCCCUCAAGCUAGGUUGGCCAUGGACACCACCAUGAAGGACAGAAUCGAGUGCAGGACAAACACACACCUGGGCUUCUGCUAGCUCUCCAUACCUGAUGUAUUUAUUUUAUUACUGGGGUGUGUUAUUACAGCUGACUUUUUGUACUGAUUUUUUUGAUUAGGUAUUGCUAUUCAUGUGUUUCUUUCUUCACAAUAAAAAAACAAGUCCACUUUAAUUAACUAUAAUUAUAUACCACUCAUUUUUAGCCACACAUAGCCUGCUUUAAAAUAUUAUGUUUAUUGAGACUGCAAACACUUGUGACUGUCCUACACCACCUGUUAUUUGGUCAUUCACCAGCACAUUGUACUCAUAAUCCUGCAUUGUACUUCCCCGAUCUUAGCCUGUGUGUUAAACUGAAGAUCAGCUUUAGGGUAGAUCUGCAGGUCCGAGUUAAUUAACCUCCUUCCUUUGUGACACAAGGGAGUGGAAGUGAAGGGGGAAUCCUGGGUCAGAGGAUUAACACCGGACAUCUCGGCAUUAGUGUUCCUGCUAAACAAUGAGACUGUUUCCAGAUCAGUUUUCAAUAGUAUCCAGAAAGGACAUUUUAAUAGACUUGUGUAUAGACUUCUGUUGACUGAAUCCUUGCACAGAUGUUUUCUCCUUGGUGGAUAAGCAGCCCUAGUUAUGUUCCCAUUUAUUUUAAAUUGCCAGGCUGUCUGCAUUGAUAGUUGUCUAAUGGGGGAUUUGGGAGGAGGAGGCUGAGGGGAGACUGGUGAGAGCUCUAGUGAAUGAGGAGCAGAUUGUUUUGAGGUCAGGCCUUCGUCUUUUUUCAACAGAAUGUGUGUAACGUGUUGGGCGAGAGGACAGAAGUUCCCCUUCAGCUGCCUAGCCUCGAGGGCCAAAGACUGCUUCUGAACGGAGGUCAUGCCAGAGACUGACAUUGAUGUUAUUCCAGAGGGGCAGAGAGCCCACGUUCUGCUCCCAUGCUGCUGCCUGGAGACCUCUAAGCCAUAAAGCACCUUCUCAGAGCAUGCCCUUGAUGAUUUGAGCCCUUGUGGGUGUGUAGGAUGGCUUCAACUCAAAAGUAGAAGCCGCCUUCACACUCACUGAGGGUUUGGAAGAGCAUAAACAGCUGAUGUAUGAGGUUUUCUUGAGACAUCUGUUCAAUUAAAUAUUGUAAUAUCUUAAUUCUUU